CACACGGGUUUCAGCAAGAUGGCUGCAGUUCUUCGAGCAAAUCAGGAGUGCGGGCUGUAAGCCAGCGGUCCACAUCACUACAGCAGCGCUUAUUGCUGUCCGUCCGUCCGUCUGCGUGUGUGUGUGAGCCGCCGCCGCCAGUGGACCGAGCGGGUCACUUCUGACAAGUGAGAUGGUGAGAGGGGGGGAGGGAGUGAGGCCAUGGGCUGCACCUCGGCUAAGCAGGUGUCGGCUGUGCCCAACGACGAAGAGGGCCGGGGCAAAGCCUACAGCAACGGAGACCUCUUCACUGAUGAAUAUAAGAUGAAGGGAGUGGAGGAGGUGAAGUACAUGCGUGGAGAAGAAGACCGAGUAAACGCACGCAACCAGGAGAACCUGGAGAAGAGCUCGACGCAGAACAGGACCAAACAGCACAAAGAGGUGCCUGGGCCCAGUGCCAACAAGACAAACAUACAUACGUCAGAGAGUCAGCAGGAGUUCUUCAGAAUGCUGGAUGAGAAGAUUGAGAAGGGGCGGGACUACUGCUCAGAAGAGGAGGAUGAUGUGACAUAGCAGCGAGGCGCCAGAUCUUGCCAGAGAUGGAAAUAGAGAGAGAGUGUGAACUCAAAAAUCAGUGUUUCCUAUGUCUGUAACACUCUGUCGGUCUGAGAGCGAGUGUGCGUGCGAGUGCGUGAGAGCGUGUGCUUGUGAGAGCGAGAGAAUGCAGGACUUUUCCUCAUAGGCUGUUGCACCCUUGACCCCUUCUCCUCUCUUGGGGUUGCCUUGCUUGGAGAUCUAGAUGGUUUGGGGUGAAGAAAGAACAGCUUGAUUGAUGUAUUAUCAACACAGACUCACUCUGAUGAGAAACGAGGACCCCCGUCCCCCUCCGCUCCUGUCCUCCUACGGCCAGCAUCGAAACAGCCCCCUUCCUCCAUCCUGGCUGAGAGAGAGAGAUUAUGUCGAGGAAAGCAAGAUGAAAGGAUAUGGAGAGAAAAAAAGACAAGAUGCCCCUCCCAGUCCUUGUUUUAAGUCGCAGGCCAGAGAAAAAACUGACAUAUGGAGGAACCAGAAGAGAGCUUACGAACAUCCUCUGGAGAUGAUAAUGCGGAGUGAAUGUAAAGAUGGAGUGUUGUGGGUUUUUGGGGGGGAGAAAUGAUCGAACAAGAGAGAUAUUUUAUUAAGAGCAACUAUAUGGCUGAUUAUUUUGAUAAGAGCGUCGUGGCAAGUUUUUGAACAUUCAAGUCUGGACUCCUGCCUUUUGAAGGACCUUUUUUUAAUUUGUCAAGAUUGAUUUGUUUGUUCCAUAAAUGUGUUUUUGGUUUCUUUUUUGCUUAUUGCAUAGAUCAGACCUCUUCAAGCUUGUGCUGUAAAGGUCAGGGCUGUACGGUGACCCCAUUACAAGCUCGCUCACACAGGGAAAGACCUAAAGCUAAAAUAAUCACCACACCCUCUUUCCCCACACAGGUUCACACUUUCUUUUUGUAUAUCCUGCUAUUAUUUGUAAAGUUCUCAGAAAAUGGACGGAAAUACAGUCCAGACUAGUUACCCACACACACGUCCAAAUUUAUCCCUUACAGCCACCCGCAAACUGGCAGCGUUUGACUUAAAGAUCUGUAUUGACUGUUUAUGCUGCCCUUUAAUACAGGUAAUGGACUGUGAUGAAACUACAGCAGAGAACUGGGGUUGUCUGUGAUGUUUUUUGUGUUUGGAGGGCUGUGUUUGUGUUAAUCUGUGUCAGAGCCAGGUCUGACUGUGUUAAUCGUUGUCAAAGAGUUGAGGUGUUUGUCUUAGGCCUGUGUGUGUGUGUUUAGCUAGUGUUUACCUCAGUUUCUCACUCGGUUGCGUUCAGUCAUGUUGGCUAAAAUGAAUUUGGUUGUCAGCCUGAGACCAUUAAACUGUAUGAGGUGGGGUGGGGUCACUUUGGGGGACACAGCGCUGGCCGAACAUCUGUCAUUAUGAUUACUGGAUUGAUUCCUUUUUAAUUUUUAUUUUCAAUGUUUUCUUUUUCUAUUAAAAUAUAAGACACAGGA